AAAUUAUUAUUUUUUGGUUAAUUUCAUGGUAUAAUAAAAUCAAAUAAAAGUACAAAAGAUUCAGUGGCUAAUGACAUUUAUGUGGUAACCAAUAAUUAAAAAUAAAACCAACUAUAAUAAAUUUACGUAUCUGCCCUCUUAUUUCUCAACGAUUUAUAGUUUUACCCUUUCUUCCCCCUUUCAAAUUCAUCCUCUCUUCGAUUCGACCCCAAAUCGGAAGCAAGUUUAAAUUGGACAUCAAUGGCAGAUUCAGAGCCAAUCAGAGAAGAAGAGACCCACACAACCACUACUCUCCACCACCAAAUGACUCCCUCCGAGCUAACUCAAGACGAGUUCGCCGAGCUAACCGACUCAAUCACCGAGUUCCACACCUACCAACUCGGUCCCGGCCGCUGCUCCUCCCUCCUCGCCCAGCGCAUCCAGUCCCCUCCCCAAACCGUCUGGUCCGUCGUGAGACGCUUCGACCGGCCCCAGAUUUACAAACACUUCAUCAAAAGAUGCUCCGUGGAGGAGGAAGGGUUCGAGAUGCGAGUGGGGAGCACGCGCUACGUGGACGUGAUCAGCGGCCUCCCGGCGAACACGUCGAGGGAGAGGCUCGAUCUCCUCGACGACGAGAGGAAGGUGACGGGGUUCAGCAUCACGGGAGGGGAGCACAGGCUGAGGAACUACAAGUCGGUGACGACGGUUCACGGGUUCGAGAGAGAGGGAAGGAUCUGGAGCGUUGUUCUUGAGUCGUACGUGGUGGAUGUGCCGGAGGGGAACACGGAGGAGGACACGCGUUUGUUCGCUGAUACUGUGAUUAAACUGAAUCUUCAGAAGCUCGCGUCGGUUACUGAAGGUAUGAGUCGGAGUUGUGGCAACGGAGGAGGGAACUCUCCGGUUAUGUGAAAUUAAUGAACACGAAAAAACAAAUUGGGGAAUUUUCAUCUUUUUUCUUUUGUUUAAUAAAUUUUCGUUUGUAACAUUUUUUUUUACUACUGAAUUGUAAUUUGCUUUUUGUCGUUAUUGUUGUCUCCUGGAUAAUUGGAAACUGGAAUGUUCGAUAAGUUAAAAUCCAACGUUAGAAUAGCUGUU